AAAUAACAGAAGAAAACAAAAGAGCUGAGGAGUUAGGACCAUACACAGAAAGACAGAGGCAACCACCAACAUGGCUUCUCUCUCUACCUCUCUCCACUCAUAAUUAUUUAGGGAUUUGGUAGAGGGAUCUGCUUCUGAUAUUUGGAGGUUUGGAGGUGAUUAGGAAGAUGGCGGAAGUUUUCGUAUGAUUCAAGGAUAGAAGGCUGAAUUUGUCAUCGGAAUUUGGAUAUCUGUCCUCGGGGUUUCUACUCUUAUGUAAAUCUGUGUUGUUUGCAGUUUUGGGUGUAUAAAUUGGUUGUUUUAUUUGUUUGUUUGUGGAGAAGGGUUUUGAUCGAGCUUGAGAUUUCCAAGUUUAGAUUUGGGAUUUCCUUGUUUGUACUACUGAUUGAGUCAAUAGUCGGGUUGCGAGCUUGAGAUCAAUGGAAACAAAGAAGGUGCCUGUAUUUGAAAUAGAAGGUGGGGCUCGAAGUGAAAUUGAAUGCAAAGGGUUAGACAUUGAGAAACAGAUCAGUAUGGAUGAGCCUCAGUGUUCUGAGAUUGAAAUGAUGGAAAUGGAAACUGCUGAGACUGAGAUACCGAGGAUUUGCGAUGAGGGAAAACAUGGAUCUGAGAUUGUUUCCUUUAGUUCAAACAAGUGUGAGGGAGGAAGUCAUGAAAAUGUUGUUUUCUCAAGAGAAGCUCCCCUUGCCGUUAAGGAAGAUGUCAGCAUUAGCUCUUGUAGCUGUGGGGCUGAGAAACUGAAGUCCAGAUUGGCUGCUUCUGAUUCUCUUCCUGGGAAGAGCGGGAGGAAGCUCAGUCGGCAAGAUAGAAUUGAAUUAGGUCGGUUGUUUCAGGGUGCUGUGAGUUCCCAUGAUUGGGAGCUUGCUGAGAGUUUGAUCUUGUUGGCUGAUCCACAGACUCUAAAUGAUGCACUGUGCAUAGCUUUGGAUUCAAUCUGGUUUUUGAGCACACAACAAGAAUUAUAUGGAAUUACUGGAUUAAUCAAGAAAAUUAUUGCUAAUGGGGCGUAUGACUUCACCCGAGCAGCACUCAGGACUUCAUUUCUUGCUUCAUGUGUUUCUGCUUGCCAAAGUCGCACAAUGAGCCUUGCUGACACUGUUACUGUAAUGGCGCAAAGGCUACAUGAAAGGCUUCAAGAGUGCAAUGGGGAUGAAGUCUUGAAGGCUGAAGCUGGCGCUAAAGUUCAGAAAUUUACUGAGUGGGCUCUUAAAUGUAUAAGUUUCCAUUCUCGCUGCCAGGGAAACAGGGACAGAGUAGGCCAUAAUUCUCCUGUAGAGAUUCAACUACAGCUAUCUGCUUUCAAGACCUUCCUAGAUCUUGCAGGCAACCAUCUUACUGGGAAGGAUUUCACUGAAGCAUUUGAUGCAGCUUGCUUCCCACUUACUCUCUUCUCUAGCUCAUUUGAUCCUGGAUGGGCAUCAGGUAUAUCAGCUACUGCAAUCCAAGGGUUACUCGGCAUGCUAGUCGAGGGGGGCGCAGACAAUGUUAACCAGUGUUUUUUGGAGGCUUCACGUUUUGGGAGUACUGAACUUGUUCGCAUUUUAUUGCAGAUUGCUCAAAGGAACAGCUUGGAUGUGGAUGUUGAUCUGGCUUUGGGCUUUGCUUCACAUUAUGGUAAAAUAGGCACUAUGGAAUGUUUAGUCGAAGAGGGAAAUGCUAUGGCUUUCUUGGGUCCUCUGAUGAGAGCUGCUGAGAGGGGCUGCAUGUCGGUUGUUCAGUGGUUUGUCCAAAGGGGUUGCCGAGACAUGGAGCUCUGUCUUGCCCUUACAGCUGCCACUUCAAGCAGUCAAGUAGGUGUGGCGUCAUAUCUGCUCCCUCACGUUCCUCAGCACGUUCUUGCUGCCCUGAGUAUCGAAAUACUCAAGGCAGCCGGUGAGCGAAGUGGAGGCUCUCUCGACGGGGUAGCAUUCCUCCUCCACUCAGACUUUCUAGGGGAUCCCGUGGCAACCUAUGCGGUUGCCGACAGCAUCGCCAGAUCAGAAGACGAGGGGAUCGCCCCGGAGUUGAGGGCUUUUCUCAAAGAACACUGGUCCGAUGUGGCUUUCUUGGAUGGACUAAGGGAAGGAGAGCUACACUUCUCGAACCUAGUCCAGAUUCUGAGAUGGGGCGAGUCGCCUGUUUGUUUGAGGGAUCUGCCAGCGCCUCUGAGAGUGGCGAUAGCGUACCUGCCUCUGUAUAGGGAGUGUGUGAAGGCGGGAGGGGGGCUGCUGUCGCAAAGGCAUCGGGGGCAGCUGGUGGAAGCGGCUAGGCGACUCGAGGGGGUGGUCCUGGAUGAGCCGGGGCAAAGGAGAGAAUUGCUGGCAGUGAUGGAGCGUCAUCUACCUCCAUUUUUCAUCACUACUUGAGGUUGGAGAAAAUCAGUGGAUCUUUUCUCUCAGUGGUAUAGAAAAAUAAUGAAAUUUUAGACAUGCUUACGAUGUUAGGUAGCUUUUGUCCUAGUUUUUUUGCUCUUUAGAGGCUCUGUGUGUAAGAGAAGAGUGUAUGAAUGGCUGGAAAACCUGAUGAACUCGUGCAUUAUAUGCUGAUUUGCUCCCAAUUCAACCUUUACUUCAA